CCUUUUACCCUAUCUCUCCGUAUGAUUUGACUGCAGCGGAUAACUCAGGAGCUGUGAUCUCCCAUCUGAUUCUGAAGAGCAACAACUAUGAUGAGUGGGCUUGUGGUUUUCGCACAGCUCUUCGUUCAGGAAAGAAGUUCGGGUUCCUGGAUGGAACCAUACCCCAACCUGCGGCAACUUCACCAGAUCUGGAGGAUUGGUGGACUAUCAACGCUUUGAUCGUUUCAUGGACGAAGAUGACGAUUCAUCCAGAUUUGUUGACAAACAUAUCGCACCGUGAUGUAGCGAUAGAACUAUGGGAACACAUAAGGAAGAUGUUCUCGGUAUCUAAUGGGCCGAGGAAUCAGAAGAUGAAGGCUGAUUUAGCAACCUGCAAACAGAGUGGUAUGUCGGUGGAGACGUAUUAUGGGAAGCUCAACAAGAUUUGGGACAACAUAAACAACUACAGACCACACAUGUACAUGCGGUCGCUGCCAGUGUAAUCUUGAAGAACAACAGAAUAAAGACAGAGAGGAUGACAUGGUUCAUCAGUUUUUGUACGGUCUUGAUGAUACACACUUUCAUACGAUUCGAUCAAGCUUGACUUAUCGGGUACCUCUGCCAAGUCUCAAAGAAGUCUACUACAUCGUCAGACAAAAGGAAGAUGUCUUUAAAAAUCGACAUAUUGUCGAAGAUAAGCCAGAGAUCACGGCGUUUGCAGCUCAGAAGCGACUUCGUUACAAAACAGAGGAUCGAGAAAGACAGGGCCUAUGUAGGCACUGUAAUCGUGGAGGGCAUUCAUCUGAUAACUGCUUCGUCGUCAUAGGUUACCCGGAGUGGUGGGGCGAUCGGCCUAAGGGAAGGUCAAACCAACAGAUCAAUCAAAGAGGCCGCGGCAGAGCAUCAUCAAACAAUGGUGGCCAGUAUCGAGGAUCCACAACCUAUGCUAAUGCACCUCAUGAGUCUGCUAAUAGUGUCAUCACAGAGAGGGACAGAGAUGCAGUUACUGGCCUCACUGAUGAUCAAUGGAGUGGGGUCAUGAAACUAGUAAAUGCUGGGAAGAGCGUCGCUCAAGACAACACAAAGCCAUCUUCAUCUGAGACAUUAACAGAAAAUAGCUGUUAAAGAAGGAACAAUUUGUCUUGGGGGCCUGUGUUUAAAAAGGCGCUCGCCUUUUGCGCCAAGGCCCAAGGUGCACUCAGGUGACAGGCCCAUCGCCAUGGAACCCCGAGGCGAGCCUAGCUCCCCAAGGCGCUCGCCUAGGUGCGCUUUGGCCAUAAGGCGGUGGCUUCAAAGGCGAUGCAAAGGCGCGCCUUGGAGACCCUAUGUUAACCGGCACUAAACCAGGUACGAAACCAAACCCUACUUUAACUAAUUAACCAAUCUUAUAACAAAACGUCAAAAAUACUCAUCAAAACCCUAGCUCCCUCUUCAAAGUUAAAACCAAACGUCAAAAAUUCUCACAAAACAUAGAUCUCACGGCGUUUUGCUUAAGGUUAGAGUAUUAUCUACUCUUCUCUAGUCUCAUAGGUUCUUCUUCUUAUUAUUAUGACUACUUGGGUUUCUUGGUUACAGUCUAGAAUGCACUGCGAUUGCUUAUCUCUGUAAUUUUGGUGCUUCUUUUCUUUUAUACACUAAGUGAUUGACGCUUACGUAAUCGACGCUUACUAAUAUAUUGUAGCUUGAGGACUCCUGUGAUCAAGUUGAUGUAUAAUCUUUGUUUGUAACUGAAACAAAUCUAAUAUAUAUUGAAAUUCAUUUUUAACAUGUAUUUUAUUGCUCUUUAGGGUAUAGUUUGUGUUUGCAUGUUCUUUACGUUAUUGAAUGCUUUAUUUGCAUGUUCAUCAUCAUAGUAAUUUAGUUUUUGU